AUGGCAUUCAAGGAGAUACCAAUUCUCGACCUGUCCGAAGCCAGAUCAGACUCUACCAAGCCGGCCUUCCUGCGACAGCUUCGGGAUGCUCUACUCAAUGUAGGAUUUCUAUAUAUCAAGAAUGCUGGGAUCGAUCAGGAACUUUUCGACCGAGUAUGUGAACAAGGCAUCCAAUUCUUUGAUCUGUCGGACGAGGAGAAGUUGAGAAUAGAGAUGAAGAACGAACCUAGCUUUCUGGGAUACUCUAGACUCGGCAACGAAAUUACAGCACACAAAGCUGACUGGCGGGAGCAAUUGGACCUAAGCACACCACAUCCAGUGCGGAAGCCCACCGAUCCGCUCUAUCACAACCUACUAGCGCCGAAUCAAUGGCCUCAAGCAAAUGACAUGCCCGGCUUUCAGUCCAUCUUUACCGAGUACAUGCGACAAAUGUCUACUGUAAGCCUCUUCUUCACCUCGCUGAUAGCAGAAGCUAUCGACCUGCCCGCUACAGCGUUCGAUCAAUUCUUCGACGAGGAUCAACAGCAUAAGCUGAAGGUUGUCAAGUAUCCCGACAACGGUACUGGGGUGGGGCAGGGAGUCGGUCCGCAUAAGGACAGCAUGCUCACAUCCUACUUACUCCAAGCAAGUCCACAUAAAGGACUCCAAGCACAGAACACACGAGGUGAAUGGAUUGACUGUCCACCAAUACGUGGAACGCUUGUUGUAGCUAUAGGUCAAGGUCUCGAAGCUCUGACAGGGGGCGUCUGUGCGAGUACGACGCACCGUGUGCUCUCACCAGCAGCAGCCGCCGGUGCGCGCUUCAGCAUCCCCUUCUUCCAGGGCGUAAGCUACGACGCUCAAUUUGAAGCUGUGACUGUUCCCGAACAUGUCCGAGCGCUGAGAAAGGAAGUCUUAGACCGAGAAGGUGGCAGGAGAGACGAUGUGGAGUUUACUUUUGUGAAGGGGAAAUGGAAUCAUCUGGGAGAGGCGACCUUGAUGAAUCGGAUCAAGAGCCACCCGGAUGUGGGAGCGCGGUUUUAUCCUGAGUUGCUGGCUAGGAUCAGGGAGCAGCAGGCUGCUGACUCGACGAAAGCCAAAGCUAAUGAACCAGCCAAAACUCCGAUGGCUGGACGGGAGGAGAGACCGUCAACGACGGCUGUCGAGGUCUUUUGA